AUGGCAAUAUUAUUUGAAAUAUUGUUGUUGAUUGGAUUUGCAGGAGCAAGUUUUUAUAUUGGGUAUAGGUAUUCGAUUGAUUUUCAACCAAAAGUUGAUACACCAUACAAUCCAGUCGAUGAUAUUGAAUCAUCAAAAGGGAGAACAGGGACAAUUACCAAAAAUCAGUAUUAAGCAAGACAAAAGGAACUUGAUAAAGUGUUAUAAUAAAUAGAAGAGGCUAAAUAAAAAGAAAAAAAGAAGUUAGUUGAAAUAGAUUUACUCAGAGCAAAAUCAAAGGACAAGGUGCUUUCAGAUUAAGAAUUUAAUAAUUUGCUAGAUGAAUGAUAUAUGUUAUUGCAUUAACACAAUAAUUUGUUUUAAA